AUGGCAAUAUUAAUACAGGUGUGUUUUCUACUUCUCUUCUGGAGGGAAGGAUUAGCAUCGUUUAUCCGUUACCAACCAGGAAUCGAGUACCUGUACGACCUUGAUUCUGUCGCAACGCUGCAUGAUGUUGAUACCUUCAAAACAUUCGCAAAGGUCGGAUUUCAAUGUAUUCGCUACGACGAAAAGGGUCAGGAAUUGAAACUGAACGUUUAUGAGUUUUCAAUUUGCACUGAAAAGACAGAAGAAUGCGCUGGCCAGAAUGAGAACUUCUCAAAAUGCUUUAAUCCAUACCAAGGAAUGAGACCAUUGCCGCCGGUGUCCUCAUUCACCGACUUCGACAUUCCACAUGUGAAGGCGCAUUCAAAAGACAGAUUGACUUUCACUAGGAAACGAGGUUCAACGAAGCCCACUCAAAGACCUCAAAACAUUACAGAAGUAAUCACUUCUAAUAUUCAAACGCCACAUAACGCGAGAAAUCAACAUUACAAGGACGACAACAUCAAUGAAGUUAUCAAAUCGAGCCUUGAAUGUAUGAGAAAGGAACCAGAAAAAGGUUCUCAUCAAUUAAGCAUCUGCUUCAAGACCCUUGUGCUUGCCCUGGAACGUCUUUCAAUCAACGAAUUAAAGAAUGUACUAGACUGCUAUCUGCUGCUACCUUUUCCAAAGAAUUGUUCGAGAAGAGCAGAUCAGAACCAUAUUGCGGACGCACUAGGCAGUCUUAAGAGUGAACAUACAGUUGGCGAACUCUCUAGAAUCUUGAUUGGAGAUAAAUCUUCAGAGAGAAUAGUUGAUAGAAUCCUUACCACGAUAGCAGCAUCAGAUAUAGUUCCAUCAUCGGACCUGAUGGAUGUUAUGCGAAAGGCAUGUAUGAACACAGACACACGAUUUACAAGAGAAACUAGACACACAUAUUGCUUUGCCCUUGGAGGAUUUAUCAAAAAUCUGAAUCAGAACAACAACAUUGCGGAGGCAAACGUAAACAUAGGAUAUCUACAUGAUGCCAUCGGACUGCAUGAUCCAUGGGCAUUUAGAAUGAAGAGAUCACUUAUGUCAGAAAGGGAAUGCAUUGAACACGAUUUGGAAAAGGUUGUAUUGUUAGAAACAUUAGGGAAUGCAGGGAUGUAUAGUUCCUUUGAAUACAUUGUAUCUCACAUAAAUUCAACAAACUCCCAGUGGGUGAAACGUGCUGGUGUUUUCGCUUUAAGGACGUUUGAAGAUGAGAAGACGUUAGAUGCAUUGCAUAUGGUUGCCAUUUCUGAUGAAGAAGAAACCGUACGAUAUGAAGCAAUGCUACAGUACCAAUUACAUCCACUCUCCCUACAUGCGUUAAACACUUCCACAAGUACGGCACAUGAUGUUGGAAAAAGGUCCAUAUUAGAAAAAUCUUUAGAAUUCAAACUUGAAGCACCUGGUGUGGACUGGAGAAAAGAAAUUGGUUCGAAGUCAAUGGGUGCUUCAUUUGGCCUUAUUAUGGAAAACCUUCUCGAUUUGAAAGUCUCAUUGCUCAAGGGAAGUAUUGAUGUGCGAGUACACGAUGAGGCUUACGCCAGAGUUCAUCUUGGUCUACUCAAUUACAACAUUGACUUUUUCGUUGCCAGGAUAUGCUUUAAAGGCGGUGCAAAGUAUGAACUGAAUAUCCUCAAGGACCUCGAUAUAGAAAACUUCUUCCAAAUGGCAAAGCAGUUCAUCGCAACAAUAAAAAAUGUAAUUUCUGCUAUCCGAAAAGGCGUCACUGCAUUCCGAAAUAUUUUGAAUUCUAAUUUCCCAAUUAAAGAAGUAGUUGAGGCAUUUGUCGACAACCUAGAAGAAUUACCGCACAAAGUGUCUUCAUUUGGUUCAAGAAUUCAUACGGUGAUAAAGAAAAUAUCUGUGGUAAACAUAAAGAAACUCCCGCCUUUCAUAGUUCCAGUGAAACAGUUUGUAGAUGAGUCUGUAAAGUUGUAUGAGAAAGUUCGAAGUGACGUCAUGACCUUUUACAACGGUCAAAUUAGGAAACUUAUAGUAUCGGAGCUAAGAGAAGCAGUGAAUAACGUUUUUGAACCUAUAAACAGCUUGCUAGAUCUUGGUGGCGAUUUCCUUGAAACGUUUAUGAGCCUCUUUAACAGCUAUAUAUCAAUAAAAGAUGCAUUUCAGGAACUUAAACAAGGAUAUGAAGAUGCAAGAUCAAUGGUGGCAAAGAUAUUUGGAACUAAAUGUCAUCGUGACUUUCCAAGAACAAAACGGGAACGGGGUGGAGGUUGUGAUGGAGAUGGAUUUUACCCUGCACGACUUCAAAACGAAGGACCAGAAUACACAAACGAUGGCAUUGAUAUUCUCCUGGACGAAAAUAGUCCAGUUGUUGCUCCGUUUGCGGCAAAAGCGAUUCUGUCAGGAGAAGAGAACGAGAUUAUUCUCUUAGAAAUAGGAUCAUUGCCACCUAAUUCCGAAAUGAUUAUAUCGAAUAUAAAGCCGUUGGAUUUUAUUAAACGACCUACCGAUGAAGAUUACCUAGAAACUCGGGUAUCAGGUGGAGAUACAAUCGGAUUCGCAAACGCUUCCCCUUGCAAGGGAUACAACCAUAUACACAUAUCCUUAAAAAGAGAUGGGGGAUUUGUCGAUCCUAGUGAUGUUCUGGAAAAGCGACCAAUUGAAUUACCCAAAUGGAAGCAGAUAUGUGAUGACUAUAAAUUAGUAUAUAAGGGGCAGACACUUAAAGUUGGAAGCAUUGUUGGCCUUGACGGAAGAAAGGAAGAGGAUACAAGUCAGCAUGCUUCAACUGAUGGAGCCAACCCUCCUGACCAAAUGGAUGAAACAAACCGACCGGAUGCAGAUAUUGAGGAAAUAAAAGGCUCGUCGUUCAAAAUGAUGCUGGAGAACAUACAACUUUUUCUGAAGAAAUUCAAAAUAAGAAAAAUUAAAAUGGGCGCGAUUAUAGACUUUCUUGACGAAAUGGAUCUUCAUAAAACUAAAGAGGAAUUAGCAGAUCUUAUGAAGACAAUAAAGGAGUCCCUAGACAAUGAUCAUUGUAACAAUCCCGAAUACUUGACUGAAGAUGAAUUGGAAACAGAGCUUCUAAACAGGGGUCUUCAGCCACAACAAAGCCGGGAAGGAAUGAUAGAACAGCUAAGGCAACCCGAUACAAAAUGUCCGUUGAUGACGUUGAUGAUACCAGAUACCAAAGUGUUGUAUUGUACCAUGGACGACCUUUGCCUUGGGAUAGAGUGCUGCCUUACAAUUGAAGUCUUCGAAAUUUUAUCUAAAACCUUCAAAGCCUUUGUCCGAUAUGACCCUGAUAUCCCAUCACUUACCUUUGGUUUUGAAUCGUGGUCUUUCGAACUUACUGGAGAAGAGCUUGGUGGAGAUGAGGAGCGAAUUGUUAAAACAGGCAUCAAGUUCGAUUUUUUGGACGGCAACGAUAUCAUUAUCAAAUACUCUAUCAAAAUACGAGGGAAGAAUCUAAAAGUAACAUUCGGAGCUGGUAUUUGUAACCGAGACAACUAUGAAGAUUGUUUUCAGUUCUUCUAUAUCUUAAAAGAUGCUAUAAUUCCCUAUCCUAUAUUGCACCCAAAUGGAUCACUUUCAUUCCCAAAAGCUUGCAGUGUCCAUGGUAAACAAGUUAAACUGCCGGACAUGAACAGCGAUACUUUAUACUACCAAGUUCAGAACGAUUGCAUGAGAAUUGAAGUCUGCGUCGACAUUAAAAUACCGAUUAUAGAGUACACCAAAUCAUUUACGGCAUAUUUGAAUUUAGAUCCAUGCAAUUUUGUCAUAACUGCUGGAUUUGAAAAGUGGUUUAGCAUCAAUAAGCUUGACGACGAAAAGGUGUUUGCCGUAAAUCUUGGGAUAAAGUUUGACACCAUUGAACAGGAUAUUCUGAUAGACUUCAAAGUAGGAAUACCAGUUUGUAACAACAACUUCACCCUACUGGGAAAUCUGAAAGAUUUGGCAAAUGCUCUUGGAGGUGAACUCAACAAGCAAGCGUUCAACUUGUUACUUCAGCAGUUAGGAAUCAAAGAUAUUUUAUCAGAAGAGCGUUGUGUUUUACCGGAACCACCAACAGAUUGUGCCCCUUUAUUUGGUAUUUCAAACAUUGUCCCAGAGUCAUUGAAGAAAAUAUUAAGAUGCCAACUGAGUGAUGACUGUUUCGGUCUAUUUUGUUGCGUAGACCUGACCUUUCAGAUGCCGUUAAGUUCAGUUGAGUUAUCAGUUGGGUUUCCUGUAUGGUUUUCCAUUGACCCAUGCGAAUUUAUUAUAAAAGCUGGAAUCGCACAUCUUGAAUUCAAGGAACAACUUUUACAAUAUUCAAUUGGGAAGUAUGAGGACGGUUUUAUUUUGGACUUAGCCUUAGUUAUUUGCAUUCCAAUUGACAAUGAACGCUUUUGCAUCCCGGAUGAGGGGUUACAAAUCUUAGACCAAGAACAUCUUCCGGCAUGCAAUCUAGCAGCGUUAACUAACUUCUCUGACUUUUCGUUUGGGGAAUGGCUGAAAGAUAAGGGCUACGAUAUCACCUCUGAGCUCUCCGAGGUUGGAGCUCAAGCGUUGUUCCAACAAUUAGGUCUCUCAAAUUUCUUAAAGUCACCACCUUGCGAUCGUAGACGAGAACCAUAUGUACCAUCUGUCGACAGCUGGAGUAACCUGUGUCCUCUAACCUUCAAACACAUGCCAACCCUCCCGGAACAAGUGUCAUGCAGCAUUCCUAACCACUGCACUGCAAUCGAUUGUUGCAUAAGGAUACCAGCAAUUGGGCUGUCUUUAAAUGCCUUCUUUAAUAUUGAUAUAUACUCCAUUAAAAAGAUCGACAAUGAAAAGAAAUUCAUUAUUGAUCUUAACGUAGCCGUCUGUCUUGAUAGUAGUGGUUCCUGUCUGUUUGAAAGUAAUGUAUUGGAAGGCAGUGAAGUUCCUCAACUUGGAUGUGACUUUGAAUUUGACUUUAAGAAUUUCUCGGCAACACAAUGGCUUUCUGACAAUGCGAUAGGCAACCUGCUUCCCACUGACAACAGAUGGAAUGAUGUGCUAGAACUUCUUUAUCAAAUUACUGGUAUUGACAAAUACUUCAUGAACCCACAGUGCAGCAUCGAUUUGGAUGAAGAUCAGGCAGAGUUGAACAUCCAGAAUGGGUGGAUUAACGGAAGUAGUAAAGUUGAAACCAUUCUGGAAAUGAUUCGACUGAAAUACAAAAUCGACAAAACCGAGAAACACUUUAUUGUGGACUUGUCUCUGCAUGUGUGCAUGGACAGCAACGAUCAAUGCCAAUUGGACCUGGACAUACUUGUUAAUGAAAUGCUGCCGAUACCGAUUUGUAACUCGGACUUUGAGCUCAGUCUUAAAAGAACAGAAGAACAUGUCUCGCUCGGCGGUGUAUUUAAAAUAUCAUACACCAUUGAAGACCUGCAAAGUGACAAUACGUUUGUUAUGAAUGUGAAACUAAAGGUAUGCUUCGAAAAUCAAUAUUGCGUAAUAGACGUGCCACUCCUUACAAAUGCGUACUUACCAAAACCGUUGUGCAACUGGGAUACUGGAUACGCCUUGCACAAUUAUUCCUUGGUCAACUGGCUUAGUCAACAUUCCUUCAAUGUGGAUGGUGAAUUUCUUCAAACAUAUGUGAUUGAGAAGCUUCUUCAUGAAUUGGGUAUCGCUAAAUAUCUCCGGCAGAUCCAGUGUAAGAUUGGACAAACACCUUUUGUGGAUGCUUGGAACAACGAUUGUCCAAUGGAAAUACAGACUAGAGUUAUACCGUCGUCUAUGGCAUGCCAUAUCAAAGACUACUGCACCGGUAUAGAGUGUUGUAUCGAAGUUCCAGUUAUAAAACGUUCAUUGACUGCAUACUUAUUUCUAAACGCAUGCGAUUAUAAGCUUGAGAUUGGAAUUGAAGACUACACCUUGAAUAUUUCACUCCUGGCAUACUCCUGGGGACAAUGGGAUGAAUUUAACUUGCUAGGGAUCUGCCGAAUCAGAUAUCGCAUUAUCAAUCUGGAAGCUGAAAAGAUAUAUAUAGUAGAUCUUCAGAUGUCGCUGUGCAUCCAGUCAGAUCCUUGUGAAGAGGUUGUAGACAUUUUAAAAGAAGCAAAAUUUCCAAAACCCGGCUGUGAUUGGUCAGGAGAUCUACCAAGUUUCAGUCUGGACGAUAUUGGUAUUGAUUUGAGCUUAAACAGUCUUCCAAGUUAUACAGUUGAUAUACUUCUACAAAAGCUAGGCAUUUUGGAAUAUAUCAACAGAAAACAUUCGUGUACACUUUCUUCAACAAAAUACUACCCAGACAUUAAUGGCUGGAAAAAUGAUUUUUCCGUCUCGGAUUGGUUGAAUAAAAACGUUGAUGGCGCAAUAGACAAAGUUGAAGGCGUGUUCAGGGAUAAAUUACUGAAUGACUUAGGACUUACGAAGUAUUUGAUGGUUAACGAGUGUUCUGUUAACAGAGCAAAUGCUGCUGAAACCGGUUGGACACAGAGUGAAACAAUUGAAACAGACUUAAAGGGCGUAAUUCGAUUAAAGUACAAUGUAAUCGACGACAGCGAAAACUCAGUAUUUCGGCUCACCUUCGAUGUUUUAGUGUGCUUGGAAGCCAAUUCUCCAUGCCUUGUUAAUCUUAACCUCCUUAACGAAUUCCCAGUUCCAAAGCCAUUUUGCAACCUAGAGCAAGGAUUCAAACUCCCAGACUUUUCGAUAGAUAAAUGGUUGGAAAACCAGGGGCUGUCACAUCAAUUUAAUUUAACUGCUAUCGACAUUUCAAACCUGAUUGAAACCCUUGGAAUUGCCAAAUAUUUGAAAGGCAAACCUUGCAGUCACAAUACAAUACCGUUUAACAAACACGGCUGGACUACAGAUUGUCCUCUGCAAAUUGUCCUUCCAAAUCUACAUAACACUAUUCAGUGUCAUCUCCAGCAUACUUGUACUGGCAUCGAGUGCUGCAUCUACGUAGAUAUUUUAGAUCGCUAUGUUAGUGUCUUUCUACAGGUUGAUACCUGUAAUAUGAGACUGAUUGCUGGUGUUGAGAACCUCAUGAUAAACGAGUCACUGCUUGAGUUCAACUACGGUUCUGAAAAGCAUAUUCAUCUUAUGGGAGUAUUCCGGAUGAGGUACAGACUGUUUGAUUUGUAUACCGAUGAUAAGAUGGUUAUAGACUUAAAGGUUCAAGUUUGUUUGUCGGAUGACUUUUCACUCGACAGUUGGGCGUCCCUUCAUGCAAUUUCCAGCAUAUCGAACAUGAGUAAAUUAGAAAUUGACGGCCUCUUUGAAGAUCUUGAUAUUGCACAAUUUUACAGUGGAUGUUCCUCCAGAAUCGCACCGGCCACUGGACCAACAAUACAACUUGAAAACAUGCAGCACACUUUCGAUUUGUUAAGCUAUGACUUUGGUACCUCGCAGAAUAUUUCCUUGUUUGGAAUGUUUUCCUUAAGGUACGUAACAUUUUCCAUAGAUUUAGACGAUGUAUCCAAUUCAAUAAAAUUCACUCUUGCUGCAAAAUUGUGUUUUGAUGCAUCAACAUGUCGGGGCGACAUAGUAAUUGCUGAUAAUACCGUUAUUGGUUUGCCAAGUUGUGAAGGAUUACUGAAAAAUACAUACGGAAUCCAAGACUUUUCGUUGUCUGGGUGGCUUGAAAAAAUGAAGUACAGUAUGUCAACCACUCAACCCGAUUAUCUUUCCAAAUACUUACUGGAUAAGCUGGGUAUUUCAUUCUUUCUGAAGGACGAGUACAAUUGCCCUCAACAUCUCGCAUCAGUAUGGGACACAGGGUCAUGCAAGCAGCUAACACACACUCUGUCCAUUUUGCCUGACUCUGUCAGCUGCAAACUUACGACUUGUUCUUCAGCAUAUUGCUGCUAUAAUUCCUCGGUCGCAAAAAUACCAAUACAGUUUUAUUUUAUCAUUGACCCGUGUACAUUACGAUUGAACAUUGGUUUAGAGAAACUCACAUAUAACGUUAAUUUCUCACUAUCAUCAUGGAAACACGAAAAUGGUAUAAAACCGGAAAGCAUCAUUACCGAGAACUUUAAAAACCAGCUGAUUAAAACACUUGGUUUGACAUACUUUUUGCUAGACAGUCCAUGCUCUGAAAAGAAAGAAGACAGCCAACAUUGUCCAUUACCCCUUCCAUUUGUUGACGAACAACUAGAAAAGACUCAGUGUACAUUGCUUAGCCACUGCACUGGUGUGCGAUGCUGUGUAACGUCACUCCAAACUGGCCUUUUGUUUGAUGUCAUGCUAGAUGUAGAUCCCUGUGAACAGACACUUACAAUGCAAAUUGAGCGGUAUCAGAAACGACUGUCAUUAAAUGAACUUGAGUUUGGCAAAAACUUACAAUUUUGGUUAAAUGGUGUAGUGCGUAUGAGGUUUAAGAUUGACGAUUUACAAAAAGAAAACGCAUACCUUAUAUCGAUGCAAUUACGCCUUUGUCUUGAGGAUGAGCAUUGCUACUUUGAAACCAAACUGUUUGACAACAUGUUAGCGCCGAAGAUGUUCUGUAAUUAUUCAAUAUCGGACACUUUCCCGAUUGAAGAGUUCUCGCUUGCAACAUGGCUAAUCGACAACAAUCUUGAUGUUGACGACAUGAAUCCUGUAUCAAGGUCACAGUUAUAUGAGGAUAUUGGAAUAUCACCUUACUUGAAUCUGGUUUCCUGUGAAGUUGAUUCAUCGAACUCAUGGCUUAAUGACUUUUCGCUAACAAACUGGCUGAAGGAAAAUGGACAUGAGGCGACUUAUGUUGUACCUGAUGAUGUAGUGUCAUAUUUAUUCGAAAUACUUGGUAUAACAAGUUAUCUACAGCCGAGUCAGUGUAGCGCUCGAAGCAAUUUGUACACACCGGCAAUACAAGGGUGGAAGAAAGACACCUGUAGUGGCAUAUCCUGCUGUGUCAUGUCACAUUUAGUCGGCCGAGCGUUCGAAACCGUUGUUGACAUUGACCGAUGUGGGCAGAUACUUCACCUUCAAAUUGAAACACUUCAGUUUGACAUCGCAUUUCAGGACUUUGAAUGGGGUACUUCAACGCGUUUCUGUUUGUUUGGGGUUGUUUGUCUCGAGAUUAGUAUAAAAGAUCUUGCUAGUCUAGACACGUACAUUGUUUCUCUGGACAUCAGUGUGUGUUUUGAGACUAACAGUUCUUGCAAUAUUCAAGCCACAAUCCUAGAAUCAACACUUAUUCCAAAACAGCCAUGUUACACAGUAGCUACAAAUCCUAUACCAGACUUUGACCUCACCACCUGGUUGCACACUAGAGCCAUUCCUGAGGUGUAUCCUCUACACACAUAUGUUUUUCAACAGCUAUUCAAUCAAAUCGGUUUGUCCAAUUACAUUAAUGAGAAUGAAUGUGCAAUUGACAAUAAGACUUUGUCCUGUACAUCAGAGUGCCCUCUUCCAAUUGGGAUGCAUUUGAAUGAGCAGAUGACAGUAUGCAAUAUACAAGACUCUUCAUUUUCCUAUCAAACAUGGCUGGCUUCAAAGGGCUAUGCAAUAAAUACACUCAGUGAUGGACAAAGGAAGGAAUUGUUUGAUGACCUUGGCAUCGGAAGAUACAUUCGACAAAGACGGUGCUUUCGUUCAACGCCUCCGUAUGGAAAUUCUGAAUUGGGUUGGAAUUCAGAAUGUCAGUCUUACGUUGAUCUUCCUCCCCUAAGGAGUGUUGUGACCUGCCACCUAAAUAAAAGUUGUACAAGUAUUAAAUGUUGCCUAGAUGUUGAAGACUUAAAAUCAAGUGUUCAAUUUGAAAUUAAUAUUGAUGCUUGCAAUAAAGAAAUUCAUGUGGUAAUAGAAGCUUUACACACGACCAGAUACAUGCAAUUCUAUGAAUAUGGUGAGCUAGAAGCAUUCCACCUUGGAGGGGUUUUAAGAAUGGACUUCAUAAUUGAGAACUUUGACCGUGGAAGGAAAUUUUCUAUCAGUUUAAACAUCAGCGUUUGCCUUGAGAGUGAUGCGACCUGCUUAAGUGAACAGAUCUUAGACCAACACAUAUUUCCAAAAACAGAUUGUGACUGGCGGAAUGGAUUCAAUGUGAAGGGGUUCUCCUUAUACGACUGGAAAGAACUUCAUAGCAUCCAAGCUAAUGAACCGUUGACACCGACACAGUCUGACAUUUUGAUGAAUCACUUGGGUAUCGCACCUUACCUUCUUAGUCAGCAGUGUCAAACAACGGAUAAUUGGACGAAUGAGUGCCCAUUUCACAUACACGUCAACUCCAUCUCAAACGAAAUGCUUUGUCAUAUUGAUACAACAUGUCUAAACAUCGAUUGCUGUAUACACAUUGAAUCAGUUAUGCGCAACGUUCACGUUUUCGUUCACAUUGAUGAUUGUGAAAUGAAAAUAGAUUACGGGAUCGAAGGAAUAAAGCUUUCAAAAUCCUUUGAAGGGAAGAAAAUGAUUUUUGAUCUCGAUGGAUUAUUCAAAACAAGUAUCGCCGUUGAGAAGAUUUGGUCUGAUACAUUAUUCAACGUGACCUUGUCAGCACAUGUAUGCGUAGACGCGAACGCCACUUGUACUAGCCAUGACAUUUUAGACAAAGAAAUUCUACAGGCAAUUCCAUGUAACUGGACAUCGGCAUCACCACUAGAAGGUUUUAACCUUUCCCGUUGGAUAAAUGAUAACGAAAUAACCGACGAAAUUGUUUUACCUGAACUUUUGUCUGAUACUCUGAUGUCAAUUCUUGGGGUAUCCGGCUUUUUCCAAUCGACAGAGUGUGAAGAAGUAACAAAUAAUAAAACAAAGAAUGGAUGGACAAAUGAUUGUAGUGUGGAUGUCGGCCUUCCCAAUCUACAAAGAAACACAUCAUGUAAUUUUGAUACAACUUGUUCAUCGUUUUCUUGUUGUGUCGAUAUUGAGUAUAUCAAGAAGAUGUUUGAAUUGAGGUUUGAAAUCGAUUCGUGUGAGCAAAGGGUAACAAUAGGCAUGGAAAGGAUAAACGUCUACAGAACGUUCAGCGAAUUAAAAUUCGGAAAAUGGGAUUCCUUUUAUUUAAACGGCGUUUUCCGUUUCAAAUAUCUCAUCGAAGAUGUACCAUUUGCACACGUUUUCAUUAUAAGUGCUAGAGUGGAGGUGUACUUGGAUAAAGAUGCGAUCAUUAUGAACAACACACUUCUUAAUGCUGUUUCAAUACCAUACCAAGCAUGUGAUCUUGAUUCUGAUUUCACCGUAACAGAAUUUUCCCUGAAGAAUUGGAAAGCUCAAAAAAGCAUUGAUGAAAAUGCAACACUGACCAAAUUUCAAAGAAUUGAGCUCCUUGACGUGCUAGGAAUAACCCCGUAUCUUAGAGCAGAUAAUUGUAGCUCGCACACACAAGUAGAGGGAUUUGGAAUUUGGAAAAAAGAAUGCACAGCAGUUGACGAAACGAAUCUCCUUAACCUUUCACCAACGACGUCAUGUUCACUGCACUCUGAUUGUACCUCGGUUUCGUGCUGUAUGCAAUCCGAUGAAACAGGAAAAUCAGUCAACUUUGUAUUAUCGCUUGAUUACUGUAACAGGGAACUAUUAGUUCAGAUAGAAAAUAUGAGACGUACAUUUUCACUAUAUGAGUACAAUUUUGGGUCAGACAUGAGUAUGUCGAUUUACUCCGUUCUGCGUUUAAGGUGGACAAUGUGGCAUUUAUUACUUCAAAAUCAAAUCAUGAUAGAUAUGCAAAUUAUGGAAUGCUAUGAAAGUGAUAGUACAUGUGAACAAGAACAUAUCGUGACAUCGCGAUUAAAAUUGCCUUUACCGGAUUGCUCGCCUAUCCAGGAGACGUCAACACAAGAACUAAGUCUUGUCAGCUGGAAAGACGCACAUGGGAUAUCAGGAAACACGUUAACAAUGUCUCAGAAAAAAAUACUCCAAAGAGAUUUUGGUUUAGUUCGGCAUAUGAAUGAGCAUAGCUGUGUCGUACAAAAAGAAGAUCAGGGAUUCUUGCAUGGGUGGAAGACGGAUUGCCCUUAUGCGUUACAGUUGGCGAACAUUUCUGAACAGUAUAAUAUAUCCUGCGUGAUGCAAUCAUCAUGCUCCAAAGUGCAAUGUUGCAUAUACAUUCAAGAGAUUGAUAUGCAUUUUGAAGCUCUUUUUGAUCUACAACCAUGCGAAAUUACUUUGAAGGUAUCAUUUGAGAAACUGUCAACGGAAAUGAAUGUGAAAGAAAUAGCAGGCAGAGAAACGACCCAUAGUCUCAACGGAAUACUUACCAUGAGCUCAACGGUUACAUUGCAAGAAGACGAUAUCGAGAUUGACAUGUCAAUUGGAGUUUGCGUAGAUGGUCCGAUGUAUUGUUCAAAACAAAUUCAAGUGCUUGAUGGUGUUUUUAUUCCGACCACACAUUGUCUCCUGGAGCCAGCAUUCGAAAUUCCUGGAUUUUCCUUGAGCAAUUGGUUGACUAUGAACCAUCUUAAUACAUCGGACAACAUGAUGGAAGAACAUCAUGAUAAGCUGGCCGUCGAGCUAGGCCUAACGCAUUUAAUUUCCUCACCAAUGUGCAAUAUCACUAAGCUACUACAAGAGCCAGAAAAUAAGUCCAUCAACUCAAGUAAACCUCUGUUCCAAGAUUCGUGUGUACGCUCUUGGGCUGGAUAUUAUAUGGCUUGCUGCGUGUACACUAAAGAACUUGAUCGAUUUAUUUGGGCUUCUUUCACAUUUGACCCUUGCGGAUAUCGAAUAAAAAUUGAGCUGGAAAACAUUGAAUAUGAGUUGAACAUUUUAGACUACAAUUGGGGUACACGUCACGAUCUUUCAAUGAAGGGCGUUUGGAGUAUGAGGUUUCUCAUUCACAAUGUUCAAUCAAAGAACGAAUUUACGUUAGAUGUAGACAUAAGACUUUGUUUUGAGGAUGCUUUUUGUGAUGAAACCGUUCCACUGGCAGUAGAUUUGCGCAUUCCAUAUACUAACUGUACAAAUGCUAGCUCAGAAAGUGGCAAUCACCCAUAUCAAGAUCUUUCGUACGAUUUUUGGCAUCUCGAUGAGUGUAAAGGAGCAACUACUUCGUCAGGAUGUCAGUCGAUAACCCUUCCAAACGAAACACAAGGAUUGUGUUUGCUUGAUGAUAACUGUCGAGGUUUUAGCUGUUGCCCUACUGUUUCUCUUGGAGACGUAACACGAAACGUUAGAUUUUAUGUGAAAGCUAAUUGCAAAGGAAGUGUCCUUAGUUACGGUAUCGAACGAAAAUUCUGGGAAGCAAACAUUGAAAACAAACCAGCAUAUUUACAACAACACAUGAAGAAUGCAAUUGCGCUUGCUAUCGAAGUACGUCAGGACUCUCCGACAAAAAUAAAAGUAUCAGUCAACUUUACACUGUGUGUAAAAGAAUAUGAUGCAAUAGACUGUGCUACAAUACAAUAUUUUAUUGAUCAGCAACUAGAUAUAAGUUGUUCAGAUAGUAAACGGCGAAAACGAAGUUUACUACCAAAUGAAUUCAGUGUCGACGCUAUGAAACAUCAACUGCAACAGUAUUUGGCAUCUGGAUCUGCAAAUGAAGACAUACAGUCCUUUAUAGACGCAUUUCAACACGCAGCGAAAACGGUUAAACAAGGUAAUUUACAGCCAGAGGAGUUUGAAGAGUUGGAAUCAACUAUUAAACAAGCUAUGAAAUCACUUGGAUGGAAUAACCCAGACACAAUAAAACAUCAACCUGUUCCUUCGGAAGAAUUUAAGAUUUCGUAUGAAAUAGAAGGAGCUGAAAAGGUCGUAGCUAUGUUUGAUGAUAUAAGUGACACAGUUAACAGAGCCAAUCAGUUAUUUGUUGUUGGCAAAGGACUUUCCAAACUCGGAACCGAACUUCUUGGAACACAGCUAGCUAAUAUGACGAUCGCUGAUAUUGAGUCAUUACUACAUACCAAAAAAGUUGAUCCAUUUAAAAUUCGAAAUGUUGUGAAGGACUUUAUCGAUCUUGCCAAAGCUCUAUAUUCUGAAGUUAUGGAGAAAAUAUCAUCAGGGAACGUAAAGAACAUUUUUGACUCCUUUGAAUUUACUCUAAAAGGUUCAUUUAAUUUUCCAAGAAAGACAAUACGAUUUUUUGAUGAACCGCUUAGAGCAGUCAUUCCUCUCGGAGGAAUUUUGGAUCUCACACUUGAGUUUGAUGCUUGGGGGUAUUAUGGAUUGGACGUUGGCUGGCAGGCAAAGAUAAUCGGUCGUUCUGCAGGAGCAACCGUUAUACCGUAUGGUGGCCUAUCAACUUACUUUGAAGUUGGCAUUGGGAAUAUUUUGUAUGGAAUACUGCGCCUUGAAGGCCAGUUGUGCAAUAUACAGUUUCCUACAGGUGCCGAAAUAGGUUUUUCCAAGUUUCCUCUAGACGUCGGGCUAACGAUGUAUCUUGAAAUGAUACCACUAAAACUGGAAUUGUUCGGACUUGUUACCCUUGACGUAAAGAUUUUGUUUAAGCGGUUUAAGAAAACAUUAUUCAAAAAGAAACUUUGGUCCUACGCAAUGUCAAAAAUAUCAGAACGGAUUAUAGAUGUGUCUACACGAGAGGAAGAUUCUAGUCCACCUGUGUUUUCACCAGUUGUAAAUAAAUCGAAAUCAAGAACAGGACGGGAUUUGCCGAAAUGCGAAAUACACCAGAUUGGAAACAGAGACUACACUGAAACAGCAUUUGAAAUUUCUGUACAAGCGGCUGAUGACAGAAGCGACGUAAAGUUUUUCUUAAAUGUUGGUACAUUUUCGGGAGGAACUAACGUCGUAUCAAACUUGCAGUUGGGUGGUUCUGAAACUGUCAUUAAAACGGUGAACAAUGAAUAUCCGUCUGGUGUCCCGUUGUAUUUUAUCAUGUUUGCUGAAAAUAGUGCCGGUUCAAGAAGUUAUGUUUCUUGUGAAUUACCUACAUACGAUAGCACACCACCAACAGGGCGCUUACAUGCGGAAUUUACAUAUACAAGUAAUCCAAACAUCAUUCAAGCUACAGUAUUAAUCCAGGAUGACUCCGAAAUAUCGGAAGCUUUUAUAGCGGUUGGGUUUGGCACUGGACAGUAUGGUGAUCAGCUUCGUCCGUGGGAACAGCUGCGGUUGAAAGGAAGCACUAAUAUAAUACAUGGAAACAAUCCGCUUGACUCGUUUACUCGGCUACAAGAAGGAAAACUUCUUACAACUCCGGUACAAUUUCUAGAAACAGUUACUGCUUCGGAUUGUGCGACUGAAUGUCUCAGGAUUUCGCAUUGCCAUAGUUUUAACUAUGACUAUGGUCUGACAAUGAUGUGUGAAUUAUUACCAUCCAUCAGGAACUUCGAUGAUUCUUUGCAAAUGGAAUCGCAAUUUCACUACUUUGAAUUGUUGUCAAGUGGUCAUACUGUUGAACUUACAUAUGACUCGUUUGAGAUGAGACACAAUACUUUACAUUAUGUUAACCUCGAUAUAACAAAUGUGUUGGGGUACCGGUCAACAGUUCACAGUGAAGGAGUCCUAACAGACUUUACAUGUCCGGAUCCAGGACCAAUAAGCAAUGCAUCAAAGGAUAGUUUAAGUUUUGUGGACUGCAGUUAUUUAGUUCCGUCUGACAGACCAGACCUCUCGCGUUUUUGCACUGGACACAGCCCUUUGUUUCCGAAUCACCGAACCAUUAUUGACGGAAUCGGUUCUAGAACAUUGUUCAAUGGCGACACUCCAAUGACGGAUGCAUUAUACUCAAGGAGCAAUACAUACAUUGCUGCAAACUGGGAUGGAAUUUAUGACAACGAAACAGGCAUUUUGGUCUACACAUGGUUUGUUGGAAGAAAUAUUUGUGAGGAAUAUAUUCAUCCUGAUGUUGACCCACAUAAACAUUUACUGCACGAAUCCCACUGGCGAAAUAUCGGAAUUAUAUCUUCUAUGUCUUCGAAAGGAAAUAUAUUUCCGUUACCAUCGGGACGUUAUUUCGUUGCUGUACGGGCUAUGAAUAAGAUUCAUUUCGGUGGUUUUCUUGGAACGACAAUCUGUCACUCAGUACCUUAUACCAUCGACAUAACAAGCCCGUGUAUUUAUGAGAUAUACGACAUUAAAUACGCCGAAGACUCAUUCCGUAUAUCUGCGCUUCACAAUUCAACUGACGAAGAAUCCGGUAUUGCGCAUCUGGACGCAUGUCUCGGGGGCAAUCCACGCAGUUGCAGUAUUAUGAGUUGGUCUCGUCGACCAAUAUUGCCAUAUGUUGAAUUUAGCUUCAAAAUACCAGAUGGAAUUCCAGCUUGGCUCAGACUCAGAGCAACAAAUAAUGUUGAUCUUCAUGUUGUUGAGAGGGCAAACAGAGCCAUUCUCGUGGAUGCGAGUCCUCCGAUAGCAGGUGUUAUCAAUGAUGGUGAAAUAUACGCAGAAGACUUGCAGUUUACAAAGUAUUUUGAUAAGAUAUGCACGAACUGGUAUGAUUUUCACGAUCCAGAAUCUGGAAUAUCGAAGUACGAAAUUGGUGUUGGGUCAAUACCCGGAGGUUAUAAUGUUGCUGGCCUCGAGAAUGUGAACUACCAUGAACACUUAUACUGCUUUCAUCUACAUGAAAAUGCGAGUUUAGUGCAUGAUGACACAUACUACGUUGUAAUAUGGGCAUCGAAUGCUGCAACUAACAUGAAAAACGUGUCCAAGUAUUCCAAUGGAGUAAGAGUGGACCUGACUGAACCUUUAGCCGGCAACGUUAUUGACGGAGCUUUGUCUGACUUUAAAGACAAAAAAUAUAGCCAUUCAAAAUCAACCGUACAGGUACAAUGGAACAAUUUCUAUGAUCCUGAAUCAGGUAUACGGAGUUAUUCGGCAUCAGUGGAAAAACAUAGUGCUGGGACUACCGACACCAUUACAGUUGAACGUGGAAUAGGUAUAAAUGCGUCGACAGCGGUCUGGAAAAAUCUAAAUCUUAAACAUCUCGAUUAUAUUCAGUCAACAAUUACAGCGAUUAAUGGGGCAUUAAACGAAAACUCAAGUUCAUCUGACGGAAUGCUUAUUGACCUUACCACACCAAACUUAGAAUUUCUUUACGACGGGGAAACACUUGGAAUAGACGUUCGAUAUCAGAGUUCCAUUGAGGAUCUCUCAAUGAAUUUUAAAGUCUACGAUGUAGAUUCAGGCAUAACAGAAUUGAAGGCUCAAAUUUAUAUUGAACACCAAGGCUCUACAAAACAAUUUUAUCCUGAGGAAAACGGCAAAUGGAUUCCGAUUAACAAUCCCAACUGUACGUACUUCAAACAAAAUAAGUUGAUCCUAAGAGUAGGGGCAAAAUACAAGUUCAGGUUAGGUGCAGUAAACGGUGCUGGCCUGAUAUCAACAUUUGAAACCGAUGGCGUAAUUAUAGACAACACUCCACCAAAACUUGGCAAACUUCAAGUGGGGGUUUUAAGUGGUGACGAUGAAGAAAGGGUCUUUGGAUUCGUUUGGCAAUCUGAUCAUAGCGGAAUUAAAUCAUCGUGGGUUGCCAAUGACCAUGAAUCCGGAAUACAAGGAGUACGAUAUGCUGUAGGGACAUCAAACGGAUCUGACGGCGUGGUGAAUUGGGUAGAGCAAGACAACUAUGCAAAAGAUUUAUACAUACAUUGUACGCUGAAUGACACUGAUACGUCUGAUCCUAACAAUUAUUUUCCCGUGUAUUAUGUCUCAAUUGAGAUUAAAAAUGGUGCAGGAUUAUGGAGUUCUCGCGCAACAUCUACAGCUAUUGUCAUUGUACCGGAAGAUGUUACAGGAAUAGCUGUUGAUGGUCCACAGCAAGGCAUCACACAUGACAUCGACUACCAAGGAGACUUGCACACUGUUACGAUGAGUUUUAGUGGUUUUGAAAGUUCUUUGCAUGGUAUUCACACAUAUGACUGGGCCAUCGGAACAUCGCCACAGGGAGAAGAUGUACAACCGUACUUAGAAUAUGGAAUAAGUCAUACGGAAACAGAGAGUUCUGAUCACCAUGGUUUGGGUAGCGCCGGACAAGCUCAAGUGACACUCGCUCUCGUUCCUGGCCAGACUUAUUUCACGACACUGAGGGCAAUUACAAAUGGUGGAAACAUCAUGCAAACAACAACUGAUGCUUUUAUUGCAGACAUAACUCCACCACAUUUACGUAUUCAGACUUUUGGUUCAGGGUCUCCAAGUACAAAACCAAUAUAUCAGCAAGAUUCUUCCAGUUUAUCUGGGUCAUGGUCUUAUAGCGAUGAUGAAAUCCAUGAUGUCAAUAACGUAGACAAUAUACUAGUUACUUGGUUUUCUAUUGGCACUUUUCCAUUUUCUACGGAAAUAACUGGUAAUGAAGUCUCGAACACUUCUGUUGCUGGAACCUCCUUUAUUCCCGUGAAGAAUAUUCGGCCUGCUUUGCAAGGUGUGCCAAAUAUACUGUCUGUUGCUGUGGAAAAUAAAGCAAAAAUAACGAGCAAGGCCUAUUCUCAAUCAUUAAUACAAGACAACUCUGGUCCAGUACCUGGAUUUGUAGAAUGCCACGAAUAUAUUCAAAGUCAUUUCAACAUUACGUGUGAAUGGUCAGGUUUUGUUGACCUCGAGAGUAGAAUUGAGAAGUAUUUCAUAUCAUUUGGAUUUCAAGAAGGAUUUGACAACCUAGCACAUGAACAAGUAUUGUCCGGAGAUGUUCAUUACUUCACUACUACAGCAUUACCAGUUAAACACGAGGAUAUAUUCUUUGCGACAGUAAUUGCUGAAAAUUCCGUCGGAUUGCAAACACGGGCAUUCUCAGCUGCCAUAUCAGUAGACGAUACCCCUCCAAGCUCGGGUGUGGUAGUCGAAUUGAAAAGUGGAUCGAACGUAGAUCCAAAUAAUUCAGAAAAAACUGUUAACUCCGCUAAAAUGGCCUGUGUUGGACCUGCAGAGUGCAGCGCCAUUGAUGCUGUGUGUCAAGAGACGUUAAACACCAUACGAGUGGCAUGGUCUCCAAUCAAUGACCCUGAAUCCGGAAUAAAAAGCAUGCACAUAUCUAUUGGAACUGUACCAGGCGGUGGUCAAAUAAAGCCGUUCUUUCCCAUAUCUCAUGAUGCUCAAAAUUAUGUGAUAACGAACAUAGAUCUGAACGGUGAAAUAGAGGUCUUUGCGACAAUAAAAGCAGAAAAUAAUGCCGGAAAAGUAACCAGUAUUAUAUCUAACGGCGUGUUUAUGUCGUAUCUGAGCCAAGGAAAGCCUCCAUUGCAUCACGUCGGCAUUUACGAUUACCACCAAAAUUCGCAUGGAGAUAUAGACUUCCAAGUAGAGACAUCUUUGCUUGAGGCUAAGUGGGAUGUGUCAGGGGACCCAUGUCCUGCUACAAAGUAUGAAUGGGCAAUAGAAUCUACUGGCGGAAGAAUAAUACAAAAUUUCACAGACAUGUAUACCUCAACACACGGCGUAAACGACCAACUUGAUGUUGAAGAAGGUGAAAGGUACUAUAGCUUGUUGCGAGUUACCAAUGCUAUAGGAUAUUCAUACACAGUGCGCUCCAAUGGCGUUACUAUUAGUUCCGACCUUCUCAUACCCGGUGAAGUGUAUGAUGGUUCCAUCAUUGGAUACGACGUAUCAGUACAACAAUCUCGCACAAACGUAUCAGCAAACUGGGACGCAUUCGGCAAGGGAAAUACGGCUUUAAUGGAUGAAAUUGAAACAGGCAACGAAGGACUUGAGACGGAAAUGGACAAAUCCAUGGACAUAGCAUAUUACGAAGUCGCUCUCGGUACUGACAGACGUUUUCCUCAAACAAGGGAUGACGUUGUUCCAUUUACGAAUGUCGGUCAAAAUACAUCAACAACCUUCCGCAAUCUUGAUUUGGAAGCCGGAAAUGCUAUAUACUAUUUUACAGUAAAGGCUUAUAGCAAGACGUAUGCAACCGCACUAGCGCUAUCCAAUGGGUUUUAUGUAAACUUUCAGGGCGGAGUCACAGUUGGUGAAAUAAACAUGCAGGCUUUUGUGAAUAAAGAUUAUGAACUACAAUUCUCUUGGAGUGGAUUCGAUUCAAAAGUGGAGAUAAUGCUCUAUUAUAUAGGUGUAUCCACUGGUUUAACCAACGAAAGCGAUUGUAGAAAAUAUGUUGUUAAAGACGAAAGGACUGUAUUAACAUAUCGACUCUUUGAUAUAGUCGAUGUCAUGAAUGUCAAACUUGAUACAAGAGCCCAAAUUGAAAAUCUGAACCUUAUCCACAAUCAUACGUAUUAUGCUUGGGUUCUUGGGGUGGAUAAAUCCGGUGAAUGCAAUAUGACACAUAAAAGAUUCCUUGUGGACAUAACUCCGCCUACCAAUGGAAAAAUCACUGCAGGACCUUACUAUGAUAUGGCCAUUGCCUAUUCAUCUAGAAGUGAUCAAUUAAGUGUACGAUGGAAAGACUUUGCAGACAAGGAGUCAGGAAUAGCAAACUUUAAUGUCACGUUGUGGACAAGCAGCCAUUGUUCAAUUGAUGAAAAGGGACUCACACUCACUCCAAUUGUGACAUACGAUGUUCUUCCGAAUUACGAAAACAUAACGUUAUAUAACAUUUCGUUAAAGCGAGACACCGUUUACUUCGUAUCUAUUGAGGCCGUGAACAACGCAGCCUUAAAAACUGUUGCAUUCACCUCGACAAUACUAUAUGACAAUUCAAAACCAUCACCCGGCUAUGUUGCAGAGGGCACCAAUAUAAAAGAAGAUGUGGUUUGGUGGGGGAACGACUCGUCAAUCAAAGGUAUCAUACUUCACUACCCGUUAUGGGUUGAUGACGCUUGCCCUCAGCAGGACAUGCCUAUGAAUGACGAUGGAUGGCGAACGCUCGAUAUAAAACACAUAAAUGAUCCAAAUGGCAUUCAAUGGGGAUUGAUCUAUAGACCAGCUAAUGUACAUCUCCUUGGCGAAGACGAAAUAAAGAUAAAAAUGGCCAGGGAUACAAAAUUUAAACAGUGGUAUUCUGGAGCAUACACCAGAUCUGCUAGCUUUGUAAUGGAUGGGCUUUAUGAGAUAAGCAUUAAUACAGGUGACAAUGACGGAUAUGCUGUCACGGGAUUAACAUUUUGGGAUGGUGAAAGCGAUGAUCUACAUUUGUUUGACCACAGGCCAGUUGACAAUUGGGCUUCUAUAGACGAAUGCCUUUGCUGUCGGUCGGAAACGGAAGUUGAUGAUUGCCCAUGCAACUGUACAGAAUAUUGGAAUAAUUUGGAAAUAAAUACAACAUAUACUUCAUAUAAUGAGACCUCUACAAGUAAACCACCUCCUGUACUGAAUGAUAAUUCUGGGAUUCCAGCUCAGAGAGCUUGUGGAAUACAAAUAUAUGGAGGAUCAAACCCAUAUGUCGUGACUUGGUGCAGAUUCUUUAACACAACGUAUCGAACUAUGUCAGUAACGUCCGAAAUACAGUUUAAUCCUACUUUAGAUUACCAUAAGUACACUAUAAAGUUUUCAGCUCAUCGUGACGAUCUGCGGGUUACACAAUGUGUUCAUGCCUUUGCUGACCAGCAAGAACUCUCUGAAAUGUGCGGGAUUCCCGAACUCUCCAAUACAACAAUGUUAGUUCUUAAUGUCUGGAAUAAAAACAACUUUAUUCCCGAAAUGAGCAUAUUUGAUAGUUGGACAACAUAUUCUUAUUUUAAGUUAUUAAAAAUUCCACCAAAGGCGAAUGAACUCUGUCGCUACGGUUCGCCGUGGUUAGGGGGAACGGUUGCUGUUAUUUCAUAUUUCGCUGGAAUCGGUUCUUCGCCAUCCAAACCCGAUAUCGUUGACUUUAGAAAGGUGAUUGAGCCUUGUAUUCCCUGUGUUGGCAUGUGUUCGGAGCUCAUAUGUCACAGUGAUUGUGAACAUAAACGGUAUACUGCAAUACAAUUUAGUCUAGACCAAGUGAAUUUAUCUGGAAAAGUCAAUGGGUCGUACUAUUUAAUCGUCAAAUCAAUACUCGGAUCCGGUGAAGAGGCAUUGUCAGCGUCCAACGGAUUCUACAUAGACACAACACCACCGACGUUUGAUCUUCAGAUAACAUUUUAUAUCGACGUUCGACAAGGGGAAUUUACAGAAACAGAAUAUCAAGGCUCAAACGAUACUAUUAAGGCUGUAUGGUUUUGUGAAGAUGCAGAGAAUGAAAUCAAGGAAUAUCAAUGGGCAAUCGGAACAUAUGCUGAAGGACAGGACCUUCAAACCUUUACCUCAACAGGUGAAACUUCAAUUGGAAUUAAUGAUAGUUUGGAAGGAAUUUUGGAACAUAACAAAACCUACUACAUUUCUGUCAAAUGUAUAAACGAAGCUGACCUCACAGCGGUGUAUUACGAUACCAGAGGUGUAACUGUCCUUCUUGAGGCACCUAGUGCUGAUUCUAUCAACUCAUCGGCGGUUAAUGCAGAAAGUUUCGGUGAGAAUGUGUAUCCAGCAACAGCCUUAGAGACAUCAGAUCCUACAUCAUGUGGUGAACAGUGGAGUGAAAGUUCGGACGACACCGUUGAAAGAUAUGAUUUCUGCGUCGGAAGUUCAAAAGACAUACCCGACGAUGUUGUUCCUUGUAUUUGGGUAGCAAUCAAUUCUUCUGGAAUAGCUGAAAUAAAGAAUGGCCACAUCUAUGUGAACGGAGAACAUUACUACAAAUUGUCGGAAUUACAGGCAUUUAGUAAAGCACAUUACACAUUGAAAGAUAAUGUCAACAAGUCACAGGAUAACUUUCUAAUGGAACCGGGACGAACAGUGUUUCUAUUUAUGAGAAUGUGCAACAAAGCUCAAAUUUGUUCCUUUAAACUUUCAAAUUCUGUCAUAGUUAAAGGCAAUGAAUCAACGUUAACGACUUCGAAGGGUGGCAACGAAACAUCAGUCAUUCUAGGACAGCAUAUUGAUACGAAGCAGAAACGCAGUUCGGAAAACAAUCUAAUAAACGUAACUUUUCCAAGAGGUAUGAAUGACGGUCAAAGCGUUUUGCUGAAAGAAUUAACAGAUGUUGAUCUCAAAACGGUGUACGAAUCUGAUGCAUCUCCGACGUUUAAAGCUUUCAUUGUCGAUCCGUUUGAAACGUUCAACAAGACUGAAAGACUACUUUAUAGACGAAUAUAUCACGUUGAUAACUCAUUUGUGAUCAGUCCAAUCGGCCAAGAAGAAAUGCCCGGUGCUGUUGAAAUAACACACUCACAAAUACACUCUGACUUUGAUGAUCCAAACAGUAACAUAACUAUGCUGAUACAUUGGAAUCCAGAUGCGGGGGAGUGGCAAAUAUCUAGCAAGACCUGCCCAAAUGCCAAUAGUACUGAGGAAUUUUACAAAGAUGUUGGAAUCACCAUUGUAAAGGUUUGCAAUACCCGUAAUCAUAACAAAAGCGACGGAACAGAGAUGUACUUGUACAAAGAGACGCAAUUUGUAAUCGCCACCGUUAGAGCAAGUCCUUUCAACAGUCCGCCUGUUCUUGUUUCUCCGCUGAAAGUCUCACUUCAGGAAGAUUCGGAACCAAUCGUUAUUGAACUGCUUGUGCAAGAUGAUGAACUAGAUAAAGUGAUGUUUAGUGCGUUCAGAAGUCAGAUGACGAUAGGAUUCGUGGAACUGAAUAUUUCUGGAUUGUUACGAAUUGAACCUUGUGUCAAUUGUUACGGGCAAACGACGCUGGACAUAGACUUGGUGGAUAUUCCUGCAUUUGAUGAAAUCUUACCCGCGAAAUCUACCGGCAAAGUGGAAAUAAAUGUAGUUGAAAUAAAUGAUCCUCCAACUGCUUUACUCUAUUCGAUGGAUGGACAAUAUCUGCUUGAGUCCGACCCUACAGAGCCAGUCAUAUUUAUUCGAGAACAACAAGUACAUUCAGUGGUGCUCGAUUUGGCGAUCUUCUUGGUUUAUGACGUAGACUUAAACGAUUCAAUUGAUAUUGAAUUAAGUACAACAUCAAAUCAAUUUUUGGUUGACUCUUUCAAUGGCUCGGAUACAAAUUGGUGUCAAUACAUGGUCAACUGCAGUGCGUUGAACAUACCCGAUGCCAAGGUUUACAAAAUACAGUAUGUUAUCAAAAGGGACGAACUUCAGAACUUUGGAAUCGAACAUUUAAAGCUGGUUGCUCGAGAUUCAAGAGAAACAUAUUCAGAUGUUAUAAGCCUAGAGCUGUGGAUUAUGGCUAUGAAAUGUAUAAAUGGGGGCCAGUGUCGCAGUAUAUAUCCAAACCAAUAUUCCUGCAAUGAUGCUGUGAGAACAGAAGGCUUUGAUAAACAUUACGCCUGCAACUGCCCGAACGAGUGGACAGGAGCAUACUGUGAGGACGAUGUAGAUGAAUGCCUUUUUAAGCCGUGUAAAAACAGGCAGGUAUGCAAAAACACUGAUGGUGGCUACAUGUGUAACUGUGAGAGCGGUGAUUUUCUGUGUAAGGCUUCCCUAGAAGAAUGGAGUUUUACUCUCAUUAUCGUCGGAACAGUACUCGUGCUUGUCAUUAUAGCAUUAGGAAUUUUCCUCGCUCGAUGGAAAUACAAACUUUCGCAGUAUAAACGAGUGCAUCCAGCGGAAGGUUCAAUGACGUGGCUUAAAGAUGACUUUGACAUCGACGUUCCUGGAAGUGAACCACCUAUGUCCUCAUAUCUUACGGAUCAGCAGAAUGGCACGCCCGAGGUUUCAGACGACGAGGGUAACGAACCAGAUUUUCGACAUCCGGCUCCAGAUCUAGAGUGCCCAAAUAUCGUUACUAUGUUCAAAUCGGAGAAUGCUGUCGAUUCAGACAAUAUGGAUAUCACGGUCAUGUUUCCAACAGUGGAGAAGAUAAGACAGCAGGUCAAGAAUACCCGAUUCAACCCAGCAUUGAUGUCUCUGCCACUGACGCCUGUGGAGCAACAGUCAACGGGAUCUUAUGACUCGGAGAUUUAAGAUCUGUGAACAUCAACAACUUUCAAUAAUGAAUACCUGUUCUUUAAAGACAGUUUAUAUCCACCUUUUGUGUAGUUCUUUUUGUAACAUAAGAUUAUUUUUCCAGUGACUUCUAAAGCCUGAUCUAAAUAAUCAGUUGUUUACUAUAUACUAGGAUACUUUUGCACAUUUCACAAAAUGACUGAGAUGGUUUUUAUCAAAUGGUAUCCAAAACAGAAAACAAUGCGAUAUACGUAGUGGUAUUGUAUAUAUAAAUAUAUUGUGUGUUUCUAUAUGUAUCAUAUAUUGGUAAAUCAGUGUUGCUUCAAAUAUUUAUAGCAUAUUUAUAUAUAUAUUAAUAGCAUAGUUUUCUAACCGUGUUUAUAGAAAUUAUCAAACAUGUUAUAAAGGGUUAUAUGCAUCUACAUUGUUCACUUAAUACAUGUACUUUUCGGAGGCUUUCGCUUCCACUUGAUUAUACAUUAUGUUUUGCUUCUUGCAUCUAACAUUACUUUCUGUAUGUAUUAAUGCGUUUCAGACUUUGUGAUAAACUUUAUCCAGAAUA